UUUCAGGAUACAUAACAAUGAAUAAAACGCCUGCUUAUAAAGCUCCAUUGUUUAAAAAUGAGCGUACAACCUUUGAACGAGUGGAGAAGUUUAUCUCCGAACAUCAUUUUAAGGAUUGUAACUUACGUGGUCGUCUUUACGGACAAUCAUAUCCAGUUCACGUGAAGCACUAUGAUUUCGGUCCGGAUAUUGUAACAUUUCAUGAAGCUGUCGAAGCUCUUUCCAUGCAAGGUGCAGAAGUAGGUGUUGGAUUCAAAUUUGGUCCAACCUGGACAACACACUGGUUUCAAGUUGACAUCAGUCUACCCCAGAAUUGUCAGACUGAAACGAAAAUUGUGUUACGCUUCGAUCCUAAUUGUGAAGCACUUUUGUGGUCCGUAGAUGGUCAACCAAUAAAGGGUUUAUCUCCGGAUUUUGGACGUACAGAUCUUGCAAUUCCUUCUUCUCCGACUGUACAAAGAUUUUACAUCGAAGCAUCAUGUAGUGAUCGAUUUGGUGACGGUGAUGGCAAUGCAAUAGGACCUGUGAAGAUGGAUAAAGUAUUCGAAUUGAAACGUUGUGAAUUAGCAGAAUACAGUUCAACGAUUCACAACCUUAUCAUCGAUUUCGAACUUCUAUUGGAAAUGUCAAAAAUGUUACCAAAAGAAGGGGCAAGGCGAUAUCAGGCUUUGUAUACGGCGAAUGAUAUGAUCAAUUGUCUUGUUUUAUCAAAUUUUUCAUUGGAUGCACAAAUAAAAUGUCAUUUACAAGCUGAAAAAUUCUUCCGUCAAUCAAAUGGCGAAAGUCAGAUGACGCUAUAUGCAAUGGGCAAUUGUCACAUCGAUACUGCAUGGUUAUGGCGGUACCGGGAAACACCAAGAAAAUGCGCUCGAAGUUGGUCUGCAACUCUGCGUUUAAUGGAGAAAUAUGAGAAGAUGAAAUUUGUUGUUUCACAAGCGCAACAAUUAGUAUGGUUAAAAGAGCAUUAUCCGAGUCUUUAUGAGGAAAUGCAAGAUUUCGCAGCAGACGGACGGUUUGUUGCAGUUGGAGGAGCGUGGGUUGAAAUGGAUGGAAAUUUGCCUAGUGGCGAGAGUAUGAUUAGACAACUAUUAUACGGACAGCGAGAAUUCAAGAAGUUUUGCGGUGUUUUCUCAGAGAUAUUCUGGUUGCCCGAUACAUUUGGUUAUUGUGCACAGCUCCCGCAGAUAAUGCAGCAGUGUGGAAUGCAGUAUUUUGUCACUCAAAAAAUGAGCUGGUCGAUAGUUAACAAAUUCCCGCACCAUUCAUUUCGAUGGGUUGGUAUUGAUGGUACUUACGUAAUCGCUCAUUUUCCUCCAAAUCAUUACGUAUCGCAGAUUACAGUGAAAGAAUGUUUGGAUUCUCGGGAUAAUUUUACAGACCAUGGACGUUCCAACAUAGCAAUGAUGCUCUAUGGAUUUGGCGAUGGCGGUGGAGGCCCGAAUACAGAUAUGUUGGAAAGAGCUGAACGUUUAACAGAUUGUGAUGGAGUACCUCGAGUACAGCAUGCAACACCUCAAGAAUUCUUCACUGAGUUGGUAAAAGAUGUGGACAAUUUGUGUAGUUGGGAAGGCGAACUGUAUUUGGAAUUACAUAACGCAACAUAUACCACGCAAGCCAGGAUUAAGAAGAUGAACAGACUGUUGGAAAGCAUUCUAAAGGAUCACGAAUUUCUGCAGUCAAUGUCACUUCUUGAAUUCAACGUGGGCAAGCCUCUUACAUCGCAGUGGCAACGUUUCUUACUUAAUCAGUUCCAUGAUGUGCUCCCAGGUAGUUGUAUUAAAGAAGUGGUAGAUGAUGCAAUCAAGAUUUACACCAUUUUAUUGGACGAGCUUGCUGUCGAUGAUGGAAAAAAACUGAAAUGGAAAGGUGAAAGUUAUGAAGCAAUACCGAAUGAAUGGGUAAUUAACAGUUGUAACUGGCCGAGAAUUUUGUUUCACAAUAAUCGUUUUCUACGUUUGGAGCCGUUCUCUAUUACGCGUUUGAAUGAACUUGAAGUAUUCAAGUUAUCUUUAAGCAAUAAACCAUUAGGUUUGGAAGAUGGUCAUGAAUUCAAAUUGCAAAAUCGUUAUAUCACUGCAUCCAUUGAUAAGAUGGGUCGCAUUACGAAACUAUUAGUGCACUCCGUGAAUAAAGCAAGCAAUAUCAAAGAAAAUUUCGCAGCAGUUUCUAAAAAUAAAUUCGCUAAUCAGUUUGUCAUUUUUGAUGAUGUACCACUUUUUUGGGAUGCAUGGGAUGUGAUGGAUUACCAUUUGGAAACACGACAAGUCAUUGAUUCGGAUUCGCAGGCAGUUCUAGUUAAAAAUACACCGCUGGAAGCCUGUAUCCGUGUAGAAUUUGCAGUAAGUGAAAAAAGCUCUCUAAUGCAGUACAUUACCAUAUUUGCACAUCUACCUUACCUGGUUUUCGACGUCACGGUGCAAUGGCAUGAAUUUCAUAAAUUCUUGAAAGUUGAGUUCCCAACAAAUGUCCGUGAUAUGGAUGCUUAUUAUGAUAUACAAUUUGGUCAUGUAAAACGACCAACGCAUCGAAAUACGUCUUGGCAUGCUGCAAAAUAUGAAGUUGUUGGACACAAAUGGAUGGCUUUAACUGAAUUUGAUCAAGGCAUUGCACUUUUGAAUGACUGCAAAUAUGGUCAUUCAUGUAUUGGCAAUACUAUGACGUUGUCGUUACUUAGAGCCAGUAAAAUUCCAGAUGAUACUGCUGAUAUGGGAGAGCAUAAAUUUUCAUAUGCACUGUAUCCUUUCAUCGGUUCAAUGCAACGGCCUUGUAACGACUUGAAUUUGAGCGUAAUGAGAGCGGCUUACGAAUUUAAUAAUCCCACUCGGUUUGUCAGUGGUUGGCAUGCUAAAAACAAGCUUUCAUCGUUUAUCAAAAUCGACGGAAGUGAAGGUAUUGUUAUUGACACUGUAAAGCCAGCUGAAGAUGAUGUCAAUACACUGAUUAUUCGCUUAUUUGAAUCAUUCGGUGGCAGUGUUAGUGUAAAACUUAGAAUUAACCAUAGUCGUAUUGUUUCCGUUGAUUUGGGUGAUGGCCUGGAAAGGAUAGUCUCUGCUUUACCCGUCGAAACUGAUGAUUCAUCGGCAGAAGAUCAAUAUGAAGGUUUUAUUAAUUUAGAUUUUCGUCCCUUCGAAAUAAAAACUUUGUUACUAAGAUUGUUUGCGUUGUAA